UCCACAUAGAAAAUCUGUUUCUGUAGUUGGAGCACUGACCAUAAAUUUGAUUUGUUUUGGUGGUUAACCAUAGUUAACACCAUUCAUUCUGAAAACUGUAAUUAUAGGUUAGAUUAAAAAUUUUAUUUUUUAUGUUAAAACUUAAUAAUAAAUCUUUUCUAUGUACAUUACAAUUAGGUUAUUUUAAAAUAAAUUUUAUUAUGGAUGAGGAUUUAAGCCCGAACGAUGAAGUUAGCUUGUACGAUGUUUUUGGAAAAACGCCACCCAGAACAAAAAUUUUGAAAAAAAAUAGAGAAAAAAAGCAGAAACAUACUGGAUCAGAUACAUCAACAAAAGUAAAAUCUAAACAUACACUUCAUAGAAGAAACACAUUCAGCACUAUGUAUGACGAACUUAUUGCAAGGGCAGAUAGUUCGGAUAUGGAACAAGCAUUUAGCAGACGAUCUCACAAACGGCAGAUGAAGCUACAUAGGGGUUCAGAAAGAGAUUUAAAAUUAGAUAUUGAGAGUGCUACCAAAUAUGGACUCCAUCAUCACCAUUACACGAAGCCAGGAACUCCAAGCUAUCAGAUUGAAAGUGACCGAAGGUUUAUGUGCUUAAAGGGUCGUACAUUUGCUUGCCACAAACAAAAUGUUAGUCAAUGUCAAGAAAUGGUGGAUAAUGUAAAAAGGAACGAGAGUAUUUCCCAAGAAGAUGAAUGCCCCAAAAGUAGGGUCGAGUUUUAUCAUACAUUGAGCAUAUUAAUUAGGAUGGGUGGCAGUCGAGAGGAGAAAAACACUAGAAGGGGGAUAAGUCGAGAGGAAUCUCUUUGGCAGACUGAAAUAAAGGACCUAAUUUGGUUAGAUCUUCAGGCCUAUCAUUCUGAUCGCUCACCCACUGAAGAAGAUGAGUAUCUUUGCAAAGCAAGAGAUUCUGUUGACCCAUUGCUACAUGAUAUAUUGACAUAUCAAUUUAAUAGGACUUCACGAAGAUAUCUUUCUAAUAAUAGCGAUAGUGGUGUUGAAGAAGAUUGUACAGGUUGUUUGUCGGUGUUCUGUGUGUCAUGUAUGGAAGCUCACACCGAAGCUUUAAGAGAGGUUGAAGGUUUAAUGAAGCGACUAGAAGGUGUGGAGGCACUUUUUCCUUCUUCCAAAGCUUUUGCUGAACUGUACCCAAUCUACAGUAGUCCCGAGUUUAUUAAUAGGGUAAAAGCAAUUAGCUUAUGGUAUAAUAUGACUGUGCUUCAGAGGCAAAAAUUAGUAAUCUUGGGGCGUUUGGUUUUGUGUUUAGAAACUAGGCACAAUGCUUGGCCUUUGUCAAAUGAUGACAUCUCAGAAAGUUCCUCUGACAGUAAUAAUAGUACAAAUUCUUUACUCAUUGAACGUUGCGUGAAAUACAAUGAGAUGUACAAUAUUAUCCCAGUUGCAUCUAUAAUCACCAAAAAAGAUGAAGAUGGUAUUUCUCCAUAUAGGAGAUAUAUUGAAAAUGUGUUAAAAACACGAACUCUUCAUAAGAGUUUAAAUUUUUUGGAAAAGAUCCACACUGAGCUUCUUCGCAAAGCUAAUUGGACUUUGGAGAAGCCCCAAAGUAACAGCAUAUUUGGCAAUGAUUUAUGUGAUACUGAAGAAGAUGAACUUAGGAGGUACGGUUUUUGGAGUCCAGAGGCAAAAAAUAUUGGAUUACCAUCUUACCAUUCUUUGUUCUUAUUUCUUUCGAGGAUUUCAUUGGAUGUGAUACAGGAAUACCUUAAAAUGAGGCUAGAACAUAAGCCGGAGAAUCCCUCGCCCCUUAGCGUGCGGCAGUUAAUGAGGGAACUUAAAGGGGGCCUCCAAGUAGGCAUAACUGAAAAAGAGAGGUUUGAAAAUUAUGUUCGGGUUGUUAAAGAUGGGAUGGAAACCAUACAACCUGCUUGCGAGAAACAGCUGGAAGAACUCGACGAAUACAUGACAAAGGUUUUUAAGGACUACCUUGAAUAUCUUGAACAAUGGAUCUUAAUACAUGAGAAUACUCUUCAAAAAAAUUUGUUGGAAGAGGAAUAUUUAUUUUCCAGUGCAGUGAUUAAGCAUAUACCAAAAGGACAUGAAUUGCUGUUUAAGCAGUAUGGGAACAUUUUGGGAACAAUUUUUGAAAGGAUUGGAGGGAGAUUACUAAGCCGAAGCGAAGAGCUUUUGGAAGAGGUUCAAAAAAAUGAUGCAAACACAUUAAAACAAACCUUGUUCGCGAUAUGUCGAGAACUACAAUCAGUUUUUAACGAAGAAAGGGAACUAAGCAUGAAAACCAUGGCGUUUUGCAAAAAGUUUUCCCUUGAACCUUCAAAUUACGAUAGGAAUCGAGAAUAUUUCAUGACAACUUUCGUUUUUGUAAAAAAUUCAGUCAUUUCUUUAAAAUGUGUAAUACCGGAAGUAAUAGCCAAGGUACAAGGUCUCUUCGAUUACAUCAACAAGGAUUAUCUAGAGGAUGCGGAUAAGGCAGCGCUUAGUUCUCGAGUAAGAGAAAUUCUCAUGCAGAUUUACAGAUUUGGUUUUGAGUUUCAUAAAGAAAUGGCGGACAGUCCAAACCGCCACAAGUUAACGAAGAGUAUGGUACAUUUUGCUAAACUUUGGAUGACUUUUGUAACUGAGAGGUGCGAAAGAGGGCGGGGCCUGCGUCCUAGGUGGGCAACCCAAGGGAUAGAAUUUUUGCUGACAGUUUGUGAACCAGCCAACACAAAGUACUUGACUGAAGAAGAGUUUGAAGAUCUCAAAAAAAGUAUGGAUGAGUGUAUAUCUCAUUUGAUAGGCACCAGAGCUGCAUCUACCCCUGAUAGUGGAUUUUACACUGCUUCUCCAAAAUCAUUGGACCACAUAAGGACACGGUCUAGAGGUUCAUCACCCAGUCCUCGACCUUCUUACAAGAGCCAGAGAUCAGGCCAGUCAAGAAAAACUAGUAUAGAACAAACAUCGCCAAACUCUGAAUUAAUGGACGCAAUAAAUUUUGGCAAUCAAAUUAUAAAAAGAGAAGGCAAGAACAUAUGCUCCAUAAAAAUUAUGUUGCCGCCUAAAACACAUCCAGAACGAGUCAGAGAAGCUUUGGAAGCUUUGGAGUUGAAGUUGGAUGAUAAACUUUCUAAGCAAAACUUAAUAGGGAAGGUUGUAGAAUUUAAUUUGGACAAGCGAAAACAAAUAAAAAGAAGAAAUGUAACUUUUUCCUGGCAGAGAGGUAUAAAAAUAGGUCAAGGCAGAUUUGGAAAAGUUUAUACAGCCGUUAAUAAUAAUACUGGAGAAAUGAUGGCUGUUAAAGAACUUUUGCUGCAAGCCAAUGAUGAACUGACCGUUAAGAAUGUCACUGAAGAAAUGAAAAUUCUUGAAGGGUGUAUUCAUGAAAAUUUGGUUAGGUACUUUGGUUUGGAAAUAUAUCCAGAUAAAAUGUUGAUAUUCAUGGAGUUUUGCGCUGAAGGAACACUGGAGAAUCUGAUAAACGCUACUGAAAGUGGACUGCCAGAACUAUUGGUCCGAAAAUAUGCAUACCAGCUUUUAUGUGGUAUGGCGUGUUUGCAUGAUCACGGCAUUGUGCAUAGAGACAUAAAACCUGCAAACAUAUUUUUAACGGAAGAGGGAAACUGUUUAAAAAUUGGGGAUUUUGGGUGUGCAGCCAAAAUUAAAUCGAAUUCCACAAUGCCUGGUGAACUGCAGGGGUUUGUUGGUACCCAAGCUUACAUGGCCCCCGAAGUGUUUACAAAAAAUCUUAGUGAGGGACAUGGAAGAGCAGCAGAUAUUUGGUCUGUGGGAUGUGUGGUGGUGGAAAUGGCUUCAGGAAAGCGUCCCUGGGCCCACUUCGACUCAAACUACCAAAUAAUGUUUAAAGUAGGAAUGGGACAAAGUCCCGAUCCGCCAGAUGAUAUGACAGAUGAGGGCUUAGACUUUUUAGAAUUAUGUUUUAAACACAACCCGAGAGAAAGGGCGACGGUUCACGAGCUGCUCUCCCUCAAUUUUGUAAAAGUUGGAGAUGAUUUUUAAAAACUAUUUAUUGUUAUAUGUAUAGGUUGACGUGAAAAUAAAUUUUAAGGACAUUUUAUUAUAUUUAAGUUUUAUUCUUUGAAUUGCAGUAAAUUGGUAUUGAAAAUUGAGAUUAUUGGGGUGACGGAGGAGAAUUGUGGUAGUCCAUUUUUUCUUCUAUUAGAAAAGGUAUGGAGAAGAGCCGGGUUUCUUCAAGAAACUAGGAACUAGGACUAGCUAUAAAAGUUAUAAUAUAUUUGUGUGGUGCAAUAUGUACUAGAGUAAAAAUAAAGCAGUAUUUUACUUACAACG